AUGGCGCCCACAGAGAUCCCACCGCCCCUCGAGGGUAAGAAGAGGCGCAUCGGAGUCAUGACGAGCGGAGGAGACGCACCUGGCAUGAACGGAGCAGUACGCGCUGUAGUACGCAUGGCCAUUCACAACAAUUGCGAGGCAUUCGCGAUAUACGAGGGCUACGACGGUCUGGUCAAAGGCGGAGACAUGAUCAAAGAGAUGCACUGGGAGGACGUCAGAGGUUUCCUAUCCGAGGGCGGUACGCUCAUUGGCACAGCACGAUGCAUGGAGUUCAUGCAACGAGAAGGCCGCCGGACGGCUGCAAAGAACAUGAUCAUCAAGGGUAUCGAUGCGCUGAUCAUCUGCGGUGGUGACGGUUCCCUCACAGGCGCGGACAAGUUCCGUGCUGAGUGGCCAGAGCUGCUGACCGAGCUGGUGCAAGAAAAGCAGCUCACACAGGAGCAGGUCGAGCCCUUCAAGCACCUGAACAUUGUCGGAUUGGUUGGUUCCAUCGAUAACGACCUUUCCAUGACCGACGCUACCAUCGGCUGCUACACCUCUCUCGGCCGUAUCUGCGAAGCCAUCGACUCGGUCGACACCACUGCCGUCAGUCACCAGCGUGCUUUCGUCAUCGAAGUAAUGGGUCGGCACUGUGGCUGGCUCGCACUCAGCGCUGGUGUUGCGACAGGCGCCGACUUUGUCUUCACACCUGAAAACCCACCCAGCGAAGGCUGGCCGGAACAGAUGUGCAAGCAGAUCAAGAAGCAGAGAGAGAUGGGCAAGCGAAAGACUAUUGUCGUUGUUGCCGAGGGAGCCAUCGACCGCAACCUUAACAAGGUUACUUCACAGCAGGUCAAGGACAUUCUUGCAAACGAAGCGGGGCUUGACACACGAGUGACUACGCUCGGACACGUCCAGCGUGGAGGUACACCAUGCGCCUACGACCGUAUGCUUGCGACACUCCAGGGUGCUGAGGCUGUCAAGGCAGUGUUGGAAGCUACCCCGGAAACCCCCAGCCCGGUUAUCUGCAUGCAAGAGAACAAGAUCGUUCGACGACCACUCCUUGAAGCUGUCGCUCAGACCAAGGAGGUUGCUGUAGCUAUCGAAAGGAAGGACUUCCACAGGGCCAUGCAGCUCCGCGAUACUGAAUUCGAGCAACAGUACCAAGCCUACCAAAUCACAACAGCGCAAGAUCAGCCAGAUCUUCUACUACCAGAGAACAAGCGCAUGCGCGUCGGUAUCAUCCACGUAGGUGCCCCAGCCGGAGGCAUGAACGCAGCCACACGAGCUGCUGUUGCGCACUGCCUUGCUCGCGGCCACACGCCAGUUGCGCUCCACAACGGUUUCCCUGGCAUAAUCCGCCACCACUCUGAUGAGCCCGUGGGUGCGGUGCGAGACAUCAAGUGGAUCGAUGCUGAGACCUGGGCAUCCAAGGGUGGAUCUGAGAUUGGAACGAACCGUGGGCUCCCUAGUGAAGAUCUCGAGACAGUUGCGUUCGUCUUCAAGAAGUUCAACAUCCAGUCUCUGUUCGUUGUCGGCGGUUUCGAAGCAUUCACAGCUGUUUCGGAACUGAGGAAAGCACGGGAGUACUACAAGUCGUUCAAGAUUCCCAUGGUCAUCAUCCCUGCCACCAUCUCGAACAACGUCCCAGGAACAGAAUACUCCAUUGGCUCGGAUACUUGCUUGAACGCGCUUAUCCAAUACUCCGAUGCCUGCCGCCAAUCAGCGUCAGCGUCGCGUCGCCGCGUCUUCGUCAUUGAGACCCAAGGUGGUGAGUCGGGCUACAUCGCAACAGUUGCCGGUCUCAGUAUCGGAGCAUUGGCCGUAUACACACCCGAAGACGGCAUCAACCUUAAGAUGCUCGACCGCGACAUCGACCACCUCCGCGAGGUCUUUGCCAAGGACAAGGGUAUCAGCAGGUCUGGUAAGGUGAUUUUGGUCAACGAGAAGGCGUCGAAGACCUACUCCGUGCAAAUGAUCGCUCAAAUGAUUGCGGAAGCCGGCAAGGGCAAGUUUGAAUCUCGUCACGGUGUGCCUGGUCACUUCCAGCAAGGUACCAUACCAUCGCCCAUGGACCGUGUCAGGGCCGUCAGAUUCGCUAUCAAGGCUAUGCAACAUCUUGAGAGCUUUGCUGGUCUAGACGCAGAUGAGAUCGAGGACGACUCCAUGUCAAUUAGCGUUAUCGGAAUCAAGGGCAGUAAGCUACUGUUCUCUCCGAUGGAGACUGUGGAGAAGAGGGAGACUGAGUGGCACCGUCGCCGCCCCAAGCAUGAGUUCUGGAUGGCUCUCAAGGAGACGGUCGACACGCUGUCCGGUAGGCCUCAGGCGCCAGCCAAGCCUACUGAGAUCGACACACUGGCUGGACGGCCAGCAAAAUAA